AUGGUUCGCGGUGGUACCCUCACCGCCUACCUGGGCGCGGUGGACGAGCGCGUGACCGCUGCGGCGGUGGCCUGCUACUUCUCCACUUUGGGGCGCGAGCUGGAGCGGGGAACCUGCAACUACGAUGCGGAGCAGAUCAUCUGGGGCAUGGCGAAGCAUGGCAUCGACAAGCCGGACAUGCUCAGGGCGAGGGCGCCCAAAGCCACGGCGGUGAUCCUCACCUCCCACGACUGCUUCCCCAUCCUCGGGGGCCGCGAGGGCUUCGCCGAGGUGGAGGACGCCUUUCGCGCCCACGGGGACGCCAGCAAGCUCUACGCCAGCGAGGCGCCUGGCUUCCACGAGGUGACGGAGACCGGGCUGGAGGCGGUGAAGAUGUUUUUCGAGGAGGAGCUCCAACCAGCCUGGCGCCCAUCUGUGUCGGAGCCAACGCCGCUGCCCUGCAACAUGCUCUGGUUUGGCAACAGGGAGCUGGAGGUUGGUGCCAGUGCCGGGACAAAGCGGGAGUUAGUGCCGCAGAUGUUGCGGCGCCUCGCCCGGCCCUUGCUGGCGCGCUUGCGAGCUCGGCGCGCGCAGGCGGCUGCUGCAGGCAGCCGAUGGCUGUCUUCCUUACGCAGGGUCAGCGCCCGCGUGGCGCGAGUUCCUUCCGGCGCAGCUCAGGAGGUGGCGCUGGCUUCGGAUUCGACGAACCACAACACGCUGGUAGCUGCGCGUACGCAGUACUUCAGCUCCGGCAAGGAGGAAUGGUUCAUCCUCUACACGGAGGGCUCCUGUGCUGUCACGCUGCGCCUCUUCCAAAGCACCCGUGGCUUUCCAAAGGAGGAAGCCGUGGUGCUGAUUUUCGGCGGAGCCACGGACUUGAACCGAAGGCUCACGCAACAAGAGGACAUGCUGCUGAACGAAUUGCAGGACCGCGGCUUCGGGGCGGUGGCCAUUUGCGGCCUCUGCGGCCAGGGGGACGCGUUCUGGCGGGACGGGCUCUGGCAGUUUGCCCCGCUGCUGAUAGGCCAGACGCACACCGGCUUCCACGCCUCCGAGGUGUUGCAAACCGUGUCCUGGGCCUUCAGGCAGCUGCGCACGCGCAAGGCCGCGCUACAUGUGCCAUCAGGAUUGGGCGCCCUAGUGCUGCUUUGGCUGCCCAGCUUCUCAGACGUGGUCCGCGCCAGGGACCACCGCCUGCCGUGGCAGAUGCAGAUGCAUGGGGUGCUGGAGCACUACGACUUGUCGGACCUGGUGGCGGCGGUGAAGGUGCCCACGCUGGUGCUGGAGCCGAGGGGUGCGGCAAGGCGACCGCUGCCGCGGGGCGAGGCUUCUCGGAGCUUCCGCCUGGCGAGAAGAGCAAACAGAGGCCUGCGGAUUCUGGCAGGCCCCCUGAGCAAGGCUCGCCGUGCGCGCGAGAUCGCCUCCUUUGUCUCCGCCCGUCUCAAGCUCGGGGCAGUCGGCUGA